AUGGCAACAAUACCGAAUGCAACAUCAUUACGAAUGCCAAAAAAAACAGUCAAAGAUUUUAAAUUUAUUAAAGAAAUUGGUAAUGGAUCAUAUUCAACUGUUUUUCUUGCUAUUGAUACAGCAACAAAUCGUGAAUUAGCAAUUAAAGCUGUUAGUAAAGAUUUAGUAACAAGAUUAAAAAAAAUUUCUCAAGUCUUUCGAGAAAAAGAUAUUUUAGCACGACUUACUGAUUGUAAUUAUGCAGUUAAACUUUAUUGUACAUUUCAAGAUGACAAAACUCUUUAUUUUGGUCUUACAUAUUGUCCAAAUGGUGAUCUUCUUCAAUAUAUUACAGAUGCUGGUCAUCUUAAUGAAGAAACUGUACGAUUUUAUGCUGCAGAACUUAUUGAAGCACUUGAACAAUUACAAAAACGACAUAUCGUUCAUCGUGAUCUCAAACCAGAAAAUAUACUUUUAACUGAUGAUAUGCAUAUUCAAUUAACUGAUUUUGGUUCAGGUGUAAUUAUUGACAAUAGUGAAUCUCAAUCAGAUCAUAGUAAAAAUGUAGAUGGAGAAAAAAAACUAUUAAAACGAACUAAUUCAUUUGUUGGUACUGCUCAAUUUGUAGCACCAGAAAUACUUAAACGUGGUGCUAUUCAUUUUGGAUCUGAUUUGUGGUCAUUAGGUUGUAUUAUUUAUCAAAUGGCUACAGGUAAACAUUUAUUUCGUGGCCAUCAUGAAUAUGAUAUAUACAAUGCUGUUGUACGUGUUUCUUAUAAAUUAUCAGAUGAUUUUCCUACACUACUUGGUGAUUUAGUUCAAAAACUUGUUCGUCUUGAACCACACGAACGACUUGGUAGUGAAGAAACCGGUGGUAUGAAAAAACUCAAAGAACAUCCAUUCUUUAGUGAAUUUUCUUAUGAUACGAAAUGGGAUCAUUUAUUAAAUCAACGAUCACCACUUGAAGCAAAGCUUAAACUUAGUUCAAGACCACAACUUAGUGAUGAUGAACUUAAAACAAUGUCAUCAGGUUUUGAUGCCCGCGUUGAAGCUCGUUUAAUUGGUUUACGUAUGGCUGCUGAUGGUCCAGAUGAAUUAUCAUCAAUUAUUACUCGUUCAUUGAAUCUUUCGUUAUCAAAUGAUCGAUCAUCUUUACAAGAAACACAUUAUCCAAAUUCAUUGUCGGAUCAAAGUACUAGAUCAUCUUCAUACACUUCUCCGUCCUCAAAUGGUUCUUUUAAUAAUAAUAUUAAUGCACCUGUUACAGCACGAAGAUUACAAUUACCUGAUCAUACUCUAUCAUUAUCAGAACAAGCAUCAAAGAAUAUUUAUCAUAAAUUUGUUCAAAAUAAUCUAAUUAUUAAACAAGGCAUUUUAGAUAAGAAAAAAGGCUUAUUUGCUAGACGACGUAUGUUUCUUAUUACUGAAGGUCCUGCUAUUUUUUAUGUUGAUCCUGAUGCAAUGGAAUUAAAAGGAACUAUAUCAUGGACAGCUGAUUUACGUAUUGAACAGAAAGAUAUGAAAACAUUUCUUAUUCAUGUGCCGGGUCGAACAUAUCAUUUAACUGAUCCAGAUCAAGAUGCGACUACAUGGUGUAAGAGUUUAACAUCAAUUCAUUGCCGAUAUUAUAAUACGGAUCCAAAUCGAAAAUUAUCAACAAUGACAACAUAUUCAUCAGCAUCAUCAUCAUCUGGGCUACAAAUAAUUGCGUUUCCUCAAAUUAAUCUUGAUCUCACCGACUGGACAAAUGAUAAUGAAAGUAAUAUUGUUCUACAACAUGAUUGUCUUCAUGUUGCGGCUUGGAUUGAAGAAGAAAAUGAUCCUUAUCAGAUCAUUUCUUAUUGUAUGAGUGAAUGGCCAUCAAAAUGGAAGUUUCAAAAAAAUAAUCAAGAUCAAAACUUUACUUUUGUUGAGCUCUACAAGUUAAAUAUUACUAGUGAACAAUUAUAUCUUUGGUCGGCACCAAUGGAUGUAGUUGAACAUUAUCAAUUUUAUUUAAAUCUAUUGUUAACUUCAAAUACGUCAUCAUCAUCAAUGGUAACUUAUAUGUUCUAUAAUUGUACGUCACCCAGAUUCGGUCCAUUGUGUCAAUAUUCAUUGGAUGCUUACAAGUAUCAUCAUUUAACUUUAAACGAGAUUAUUCGCGAAUAUUAUCUACACAAAUAUGAACCAACAACAUUGACAUGUUACACUCACUUACAAUGUGAUCGCGGUUCAAUAUUUGCAUGUCUUGAUUGGAGUGAAAUAUGUGAUGGAGUCAUUGAUUGUCGAAAUGGAAUCGAUGAAGAAUCUUGUUGGCAAUUUGAAAUAAAUGAAUGUGAAGAUAAUGAAGUUCGAUGUCUAAAUGGACAAUGCAUAUCUAAGACAUUUUUUCAUGAUGACCCUAAUGGUUUUGAAUGUCUUGAUCGAUCAGACAGAAAGCCAAAAGAUCCAAAAAAACAUUAUUCAAUACAUAUUGAUAUCUAUGAAAAAAUAUCACUCGCAUAUCGAAGAAGUUUUUUAUUAACACUUGAGUUUCCUUUUUUACCUGUACAUCGUGUUGCUGUUCAACUCAACAUUCCACGCACAACUGAUGAUGUGGAAAGUUGUUCAAGUCAACAAUGUGUUCAUGGUCAAUGUAUUAAAUAUUCAGACAAUCCGAAAGGUAUUACUUUUUGUCAAUGUUAUCGAGGAUGGUCUGGACGAUACUGUACCAUCUCUCAUCACUGCACAUGUUCCCCUGACUCAUUAUGUAUUGGUAUCUUAGCGAACAACCGAUCUUUAUGUGUUUGUCCUAUGAAUAAGUGGGGUUCUCGAUGUUUAUUUCGAAGUACAAUAUGUCACUCUAAUCAAAAUACUACAUGUUACAAUGGUGGUCAAUGUAUGCCUACUAAUGAGCAUAUAAUAUCUAACAAGAAAUUUAAAUGUAUCUGUCAAAUAGGUUUCACUGGAGACAGAUGUGAAAUAGCUGAUACUAAAAUCAUUAUAUCAUUUCGUCAAGACAUGAUUUUACCAUCCUCGUUACUGGUUCAUUUCAUUCAAGUGAUAGACGGUGCUCCACCUACACAUGGUAGUACUUUCAAAAUGAUUCCUAUAAAUCAAAAAGAAUUGGUGAUCCAUUGGUCAUACCCAUUUCACAUUGUUUUUAUUCAACUUUUCGAUAAAAACUACUAUUUAAUCACUGUUCAAAAGAGCUACCAUCCAUCAACAACCAUUGUUCGAGAAAUUCAAUCAUCAGAUCGUUGUCCAUAUAUAAAUGAAGUAUUGGAUCAUGCAGCUGUUAAAUUUCAUCUUCUUCGUCGUAUUAAAUAUUACCAUUUACCAUGUGAAAGACAUUUACCACCAGUAUCUUGUUUUUAUGAUGACAAUUAUUUUUGUUUAUGUGACGAUUAUGGGCAACACCGUGUAGCCAACUGUUUUGAAUUUAAUUAUACAAAGAAAUUCGAUUGUUUUGGUCAAAGUAAUUGUGAAAAUGGAGCACAAUGUUUACAAGAUAGAUCUACAUGUCCACAAACAUCGACAUGUGUUUGUCAAACAUGUUUUUAUGGAAGACGUUGCCAAUUUAGUUCACAUGGAUUUGGUCUUUCGCUUGAUGCAAUUUUAGGUUAUCAUAUUCAACCACAUAUUAUCAUCAGACAUCAAACCCUUGUUGUACAAUUAAGUAUAGUAUUGACGAUCAUUAUGACUGUAGCAGGAUUGAUCAAUAGUACUCUAUUGAUGAUUGCAAUUAAUAAUAAAGAACCAUGUAAAAUUGGUUGUGGUAUUUAUCUAAUAAGUACAUCGAUCACUAGUCUAUUUACAAUGCUUAUUACAACUAUUCAUGAUCCUAUUCAUCGACGUUUGAUAGAUGAUGAUAAUGAUGAUGACGAGAAAAGAAUUUGGUGUAUUGUUACUUAUUCAUCCAAUCUUCAAACGUUUAAUACAGUGCUAAAUAUAUUUCAUUUUUUAACCCCAUUUAUUAUUAAUUUGAUUUCGGGUUUAGUCAUUAUUAUAAUGACUACUCGACGGCGAACAGCUGUACGAGCUAAUGAAAGUUUUCGAAAAAUGUUACAAAAACAAUUUCAAGAACACAGUCAUCUACUGAUCACUCCAAUUCUUUUGGUCAUUUUAGCUAUUCCACGUUUGAUCAUUUCUCUUAUUUCACGUUGUAUGAAGUCAAUUAAUGAUCCAUGGUUAUUUUUGAUUGGAUAUUUUAUCUCAUUCAUGCCAUCUGUGCUUACUUUCGUGGUGUUUGUUCUUCCAUCUCAAGUAUACAAACAAGAAUUUUGGAAGGCUUAUGCACGAUAUAAAAAAGUAGUACAAAUACGAUUACAUCUAGUUUCAUAG